ACGAAGACAGGUGAAUGACGAGACCAGUUGCGCGCCCCUGUAUUAAGCCUCUGUCGACAUGCAUUUAUGUCUGUAUUUGGAUUAGCUGAGAACAUUUUCAGAAAUUAAGAAAACUGCUUCAACUGAGCAGGUGAUUUACAUCGUUCUUCUAUUGAACAGCUCUGCCUGUAAAAUGAGUCUCUAUGGGAAGAGAGAGGAGGAGGAGGAUGUUCAGAAACAUAAAGCAGCAUCUACAGAAUCCAGCUGUGUGUCUAUGAAGAGUGACAGGUCUAUGGUGAGCCCCCUUGAUUUUAGUGAUGGAGCAGUGACCUCUGACCAUAACUCUGCCUAUAAAAUGAGUCUCUAUGGGAAGAGAGAAGAGGAGGAGGAUGUUCAGAAACAUAAAGCAGCAUCUACAGAAUCCAGCUGUAUGUCUAUGAAGAGUGACAGGUCUAUGGUGAGCCCCCUUGAUUUUAGUGAUGGAGCAGUGACCUCUGACCCUAAAAGCACUGCCUGUAAAAUGAGUUUCUAUGAGAAGAUUGAGGAGAAGGAGGAUGUUAAAGCAAUAUCUCCAGAACACAGCUGUGUGUCUAUGAAGAGUAACAGAUCCAUGGUGAGCCCCUUUGAUUUCAGUGAUGGAGCAGUGACCUCUAACCCUGAAGUGAAGAGAGGUGAUGAGAUCAGAUCAGAGACGUCCCGUCUGACCUGCAUUGACUUCGACUCUCACACACUCAAAAGGCAGAGAGUCAAAGACCAGCACAAAAGCAGCAUGAAGAACAAGUAUGAGAGAUUAUUUGAGGGAAUCAAACUAGAAGAUAAUCAAACCCUCCUGAACAAGAUUUACACAGAGCUCUACAUCAUAGAGGGAGAGAGUGAAGGAGUGAAUGAAGAACACGAGAUUUUACAGAUAGAGAAAACACCCAGAACACAAGACACUUUAAUCUGCUGCAUUGACAUAUUUAAACCCUUAAAUCAACCAGGAUGUGAGGAGAAAGAUGAAAUCAAGACCGUUCUUACUAAAGGCAUUGCUGGAAUUGGAAAAACCGUCUCUGUGCAGAAGUUCAUUCUGGACUGGGCAGAGGGAGAAGCCAAUCAGGAUGUAGAUUUCAUGUGUGUGCUUCCAUUUCGAGAGCUGAACUUGAUUAAAGAUCAUCAGUACAGUCUUCACAGACUUCUGCUGGACUUUCAUCCUGAACUUCAAGAUCUGGACUCACAGAUUUAUGAGGAGUGUAAAGUUGUGUUCAUCUUUGAUGGUCUGGAUGAAAGCAGAAUUACACUGAUGUUUUCAGAUAAUCAGAAAGUUUGUGAUGUGAAUGAGUCUUCAUCAGUAGGUGUGUUGAUGUCAAACCUAAUCAGAGGAGAACUGCUUCCCUCUGCUCUCAUCUGGAUCACCUCCAGACCAGCAGCAGCCCAUCAGAUCCCCUCAAAAUACAUCAACCGUGUGACAGAAAUUCAGGGAUUCAAUGAGCCUCAGAAGGAGGAAUAUUUCAGAAAGAGAAUCAGUGAUGAGCACCAAGCCAGCAGAAUCAUCUCACACAUCAGAAGAUCAAGAAGCCUCCACAUCAUGUGUCACAUCCCUGUCUUCUGCUGGAUCUCAGCCACUGUGCUUCAAAACCUCCUGAAACAAGAUAACAGUGGAGAAAUCCCUCAAACUCUGACUGAAAUGUACAUCCACUUCCUGCUGACUCAGAUCAACAUAAAGAGUCAGAAGUAUGAUCAGAGAGAUCCAGAGAAACUCCUGAAGUCUAACAGAGAUGUGAUUGUGAAACUUGCUGAACUGGCUUUCAAACAGCUGAUGAAGGGCAAUGUGAUGUUCUAUGAGGAGGACCUGAUUGAGAGCGGAAUAGAUGUCACUGCUGCCUCAGUGUAUUCUGGGAUUUGCACUGAGAUCUUUAAGGAGGAAUCUGUGAUCCAUCAGAGGAAAGUCUACUGCUUCAUUCAUCUGAGCUUUCAGGAGUUUCUAGCUGCUUUCUUUGUGUUUUAUUUCCAUGUAAUCAAGAAUGAGGAAACACAGAAUUCAUUUCUAGAGUAUUCAUGGCACAGUCAGAAAGGCUCUGUGCAUGACCUACUAACAUCAGAAGUUGAUAAGUAUCUGAAGAGUAAAAAUGGACACCUGGAUCUUUUUCUGAGGUUCCUGCUGGGCGUCUCACUGGAGUCCAAUCAGAGACUCUUACAGGAUCUGCUGACACACACAGUGAACAGCUCAGAGACAAUCAAUAAAAUCACACAGUACAUUAGGGAGUCAAUCAAGGCUGAUGAAGGUCUCUCAGCUGACAGAUGCAUCAAUUUGUUCCUCUGUCUGCUUGAAAUGAAGGAUCAGACUCUCUACAGAGAGAUUCAAGAGUUUGUACAAUCAGAGAAUCACUCGUUGAGGAAACUCUCUCCAUCUCACUGCUCAACAAUCGCCUACAUGCUUCAGAUAUCAGAGGAGGUGUUGGAUGAGUUUGAUAUUAAGAAGUUCAGCACAUCAGAUGAGGGUAGGAGGAGACUGAUACCAGGUGUGGUGAACUGCAGAAAAGCUCUACUCGCUGGCUGUAAUCUCACUGAUCGGUGCUGUGAAAGUUUGUCUUUAUCUCUACGAACAUCAGACUCACUGAGAGAGCUGGACCUGAGUAACAAUAACCUGCAGGAUUCAAGAGUGAAGCUUCUCUCUGAUGGACUGAAGAGUUCACACUGUCAACUCAACAUACUGAGACUUGCUGGCUGUAAUCUCACUGGUCAGUGCUGUGAAAGUUUGUGUUCAUCUCUACAAUCAUCAAACUCACUGAGAGAGCUGGACCUGAGUUAUAAUAGCCUGCAGGAUUCAGGAGUGAAGCUUCUGUCUGAUGGACUGAAGAGUUCACAAUGUCAACUUAACAUACUGAGAGUGACAGAUUGCAAUCUAAGUGAUCAGUGCUGUUUUCUUCAUCUCUACAAUCAUCAAACUCCUCACUAAAAGAGAUGGACUUGAGUGACAAUGACCUGCAAGAUUCAGGAGUGAAGCUACUCUCGGAUGGCCUAAAGAGUUCACACUGUAAACUCAAAGUACUGAGGUAAUAUCCCUUUUUUAAUUAUUAAUGUGAUGUGACUAGUGGACUUGAACAGAAACUGUUACUGAUAUCAAUUCCUCAUUAGUCUCAGUCACAGACCUCAUGUCCAGGGACCGUUGGUUAAACGUCUGAUGCAUAUGGGACACAGAAGUGGAAACACUUCAGGAGUGUCAAAGUCGUUAUAAUAUAAAGAUGAAUUAUACAGGAUUUCCGGGAGACGUUUGUGUCGAGUUCUUUAACUUUCUGCCUGGAAUUAAAGAUGACGUGCCACCAAACACCCUCACAAAAGAAAAAAGCCGUACUGUUUACAACUGUGACGAAGAGUCCUAAUUAGGAUCAACUAAACACUGGGUUUUCAAAAUAUUUGAAAUUUAAA